GCACACGGGAGCUGACCGACAGACCGGAAAAUGGCGCCAACAAGUAGCACUGAGGAGGUGAAGCACCUGACGCUUCACCACUUGUUGAAGCGGCAGCACCGGCUCAAGCCCGCCGCCGUGGUGUGGAGAUGGCCGACGUCGGUGGUGCCCGGCGGCGGCGCCGGGCGGCCGCCGGUGCCCGACGAGCAGCUGGCGGCGGACGACGUGGACGGCCUGGGCGGGACGUGGCCGCCGCGGUCCUACACGUGCGCGUUCUGCCGCCGCGAGUUCCGGUCCGCGCAGGCGCUGGGCGGGCACAUGAACGUGCACCGCCGCGACCGCGCCAAGAUGCGCGGCCACGGCCUCCACGGCGCCGCCGGGCAGCAGCUCGGCGCGGCGGAGGCGCCUGCCGCCGCCGCCGCCGCGAGGACGGAGUACGCCGUGGCGCUGUACCCCAUCCUGAACUCCGGCGCGGGCGGCGCGGCGGUGCGCAUACCGCACGGAGACGUGCUGCUCUCCGCGCCCGUCGCGCUGGCGGCCGCGCGCCGUGGCCAUGAUCACCGGUGCAUCGAUGUAGGUGACGACGAGAACGACAAGAAGAUUGACCUGGAGCUGCGCCUUGGGUGGCCGUGA